AUGUCUGUACACGCAGUAUUCAUUGCUGGAUUUCUACUGAGAUAUACCAUCGGAAGAAAGGUCUUUCCAUGUGCGCUCUAUACUUUGCUCUAUUUCUUAUUACCAGCAGCUGUUUCAUUGCCGACGACCUUGCGGUGCAUUCGUAUUUACACUUUGUAUCGGUUGAACUUGUUCAAGACCAAUAUCUUUGAUAUCGACCAUGUGCCAGCAAAGCCUUCUUCGGACAAGGAGAAGAAUCAUCAUAAUGAUGGAUCGAACCAAGCUCUCAAGCAUCAAACAGGAACGAGUAAUGGUGCCGAGACACCAAUCAUCAAACAAGAAGAAGAAGAAGAGGAAUUAAUGGAAACUUCUUCGAGUAGGAUGACCGCACAAGUAAGCGGCUCGACGGAUGAAAAGCACACAAUCGUUGACAAUAAGCAACAACAAGAACCAUCACCAUCAUCAACCACAACCUCUCAAGUAGUACUUCUACUCCCACCAGCAGAUACAUCGGGAAUGACUGAUUCAAGUGCUAUUGUUACAUCAACCCACACCACUACCACUACUGCCACUACCACGAACACUCCAACUGCUGUGGAAGAUGAAGCUCUUCUGAAGCUCGAGAAUCCCAUGAGUAUCAUCGUUCGCCAACAACAAGCCAUCGAUGGUCUCUCCUCUCUUUCAUCCGUUCAUACUGAUAUCAUUACCAACAAUACCAACAACAACAUGAACAACACGGACCCAACUGAUGAUAAAGAAUUCACCUUUACCUUAAAUUCAAAAUCUGUGUGGGACAUUUCAGAUUCGAGUCAAGAAGUGAAAGCACAAAUUCGUAUCAUGCAAACCCUUUCCUUUCUCUCCAGUUACAAAUUCAUGAUCCUAUCCUAUUCAGUCUUAAUUGUAUUUCAAGUGGUGCUGUGGCUACUCUUCGGAGGUAUUGAAGAAAUCAUAUUCUCAUCAUCAUCCUCUCAACAACAAGAAAAUCAAAGAGUUUUCCUUCUCGAGGGAGGUCUUUUCGUAUUCAAUCAUGGAUGUGGACUCUCCACCAAUUUUAUCAUCAUCUUUGCCUGUGUUUCCAUCUUGUACAUUGUUUUAGAAAUUAUUGCCUUAAUCCUGUGUUUUAGAGCUGAUCGGGAUACUUGGAACAUGAAACGAGAUACCAUUCUAUUGGUGAUUCUUCAAGUGAUUUGUGUGAUUUUAUUUGGAAUUACUGGAAAUGUUUCCUUCAUUGUCAAUCUGACGGAUUACCUGCUGCCUUAUGGCUACACCUUGGUCAUGUAUUCGUUUUUUGAAAUUUUAAUUUACAUGUUUGUUCCAUUGUUGAAGGCAUUGAGAGAGGAAAAACGAUUCAACAACAGUGAUAGCCAUCGGAGUAACAAUCAUCAUCAUCAUCAUGGAAAGAAUCUUGGUUUGAAAAUGAUGUGGUCACAAAGACGUCAUGAAGGAAAGAGUUUGUCUCCUUCUUCGUCAGUUUCAACUCCAACGAAUGCCUCCAUGGGCGCCUCUUAUAAGAACACCCAACAUCAGUCUGAGAUUGAGAGAAUUCUUUUGAAUAAGAGAACGUAUGACAUCAUGUUGGAUUUUGCAAGACGUUCGUACUGUGUGGAGAGUGUGUUGGCUUGGAGAGAUAUUCGAAGGUUUAAAUCGAGCCGAAUUCAUAAGAAAAAAAUCGCUCAACACAUUGUGAAUACCUAUCUCACGGUUGGAAGCCCUUUUGAAUUGAAUAUUUCAAAUAUUGAAAAAAAGAGACAAGAAUAUUUGACAAUUCUGAAUAGUGACACGAAGAUUACGUCUCCUUUCUUUGAUAAGCUCGAAGAACAUUGCUUGUACGAUAUGAGGGAUGUGUUUACGAGAUUGAGAAAUGCAAACAAGGAAAUUGAUGAUUUGGUGAAUUCAUUUGAUUGA